AUGUACUCGAUCCUCCUCCUCGGCGCAACCGGGUAUACCGGCACCCUCUGCGCCAGAUUUAUUGCUGAGCACUACCCGACCAACGUCCACUGGUGCAUCAGCGGCCGCUCGGAACAGAAACUCAAGGCGUUGGCGCGGGAAUUGAGAGAAUUGUAUCCGGAUAGGGUGCAGCCUGAGAUUGAACUCGUUGAACUCACCAAAGACAGCCUCGAGCCGGUUGUUCGGAAGGCAGAAGUCGUGGUCAAUGGCGUCGGGCCGUUUCAUAGGUUCUCCACGCCAAUCGUUGAGGCUUGUGCGCGGGGAGGCACGCAUUAUCUUGAUUUCUCGACCGAGACGUUGUGGAUUGCGGAGUUGAUUGAGAAGUAUGAGGAUGCUGCGAGGGGGAGCGGGGCUAUUAUUAUACCAGGGAUCUCACCGACCGCACCGGCCGAUCUCCUUGCGUGGCUGAUCACAAAAGAAACGAGGGAGGCGUACUCUAGGGGACCGGGCGAAAUCGUUUCGGCUGGGAAGCUUAGCAUCAAAGCAAUGACCCCCGGCUCCCUGACGACCGUUCUCGACAGUUUCACAGCCUGGGGUGCAUCCUGGUACCUCUCCGGGAACUCGGGCUCGUGGGUGCUCACUUCCAGGAAGCAACCGCCGCGGCCGGUCCCCAAAUCACCCCUUCUGUCCCGAACGCUCGGCUAUUGUCUCAACCCCGUCCUAGGGCCGCUGACAACGUCCUUCACGGGCCCCGGGAACGCUGCGAUAGUACACCGCAGCGCAGCCCAGAACCCAGAGCUUUAUGGCGAGGAUUUCCAGUACAAGGAGUACCUUCCUGCUACCGGAAUGUGGAAUGCGAUCUUCAUACACUGUGCUACAAAGAUUGUUAUACUUUUGCUCUGGAUACCGCUUGUAAGGGGCUUGCUACGGAAACUCGGGCGUUUGGAAAGGGGUGAUUUGCCUGAUCCAGAGGUGUUGAGGGGAGCUGAGCGUGCGGAGUACCGGGCUGUAGGUGCGGGUGGGAACUUAGAGGGGACUGAAGAGGGAAUUAUCGAGGCUUCGUUGCUGCGGGAGGGGUCAUUAUAUGAGUUCACAGCGUUGUUAACCUGUGUUGGGGCAAGGGUCUUGUUAGAGAGGAAGAGCAAGGAGAGCGGAGGAGAGCGGGCUAGGAAGGGCGGCUUCUGUACGCCGAGUUUCCUGGGCAUGGAGUAUGUGGACGGGCUAAGGGAUGCUGGCGUUCAGAUUGAAGUGAAGUCUGCGGGUGGCAUGGCUAACUAG